GACGUGAAGAACUCACACACCUCAUGGGCGUCCAAGUGGUUGUGAAGCGCUCCAACGGCGACAAGUUGACGGUGGAAGCGGACCUAGAUGGCACUGUCCUGGCCUUCAAGGAAGUGCUGGAGAGCUUGACGCAGGUCCCCCCAUCCCUGCAGCGACUCAUUUACAAGGGCAAGGUGCUCAAAGACGAGAACACGUUAGCGAGCUACGACGUCGAAGCGGACCAGACGCUGUAUUUCGUCAAGGGGGCCGUGAGCAAACCCACUCCAACACCCGCCGCGGCUCCAGCGGUCGCUCCCACCCCACCAGCCGCCGCUCCAUCCCAAUCGUCUCCAUUUGGCAUUUUACCAACGAACCCCUUCGCGUCACCAUUCGGCGGCGCAAUGAAUCCGUUUGGUGGUGCACCCGCAGGAGGAUGGGGCACGCCGCCACCCAACGUGCAAAGCAUGAUGCAGAACCCUGAAAUGAUGCAGCAAAUGAUGGACUCUCCCAUGGUGCAGAACAUGCUGAGCAACCCCGAGAUCAUGCGCGGGAUGAUGCAGGCCAACCCGGCGAUGCGAACGCUCCUCGAGCAGAACCCCGAGCUGAACCACGUCAUGAAUGACCCGGAACUUCUUCGGCGAAGCAUGGAAGCAAUGCGAAACCCUGCCGCGAUGCGCGAGAUGAUGCGCAACCAGGACACGGCGCUGCGGAACAUCGAGUCCCACCCCGAAGGGUUCAACGCCCUUCGGCGCAUGUACACGGAGGUGCAGGAGCCUCUCCUCAACGCAACCGCGUCCAACGCGGGCAUCGGCGCGUCCAAUCCCGCGUUUGUCAUGCCUGGCGCUGUCGGCGGGUCGACUGCAACUUCGCCAGCAACCACGACGACGACGUCCAGUACGUCGAACCCGUGGGCAGCAGCAUCGUCGUCUUCUACAUCUCCGAAUCCGUGGGGGACUCCACCUUCGUUUCCAUCAGCAAACCCGUUUAUUGGCGGUGGGUUCGACCCGAACAUGUUGAAUAACCCGAUGGUCCAAGGCAUGAUGCAGCAGAUGGCGGAGAACCCCGCCAUGAUGCGCAGCAUGAUGGAGAUGAAUCCGCAGUUCCAGCAACUCGACCCCGCCACACGAAACAUGAUGCUCAACCCAGACGUCCUCCGCACCAUGAUGAACCCUGCCAACCUCCACGCCAUGAUGCAAUUGCAGCAGGCAAUGCAGCAGUCGUCGUCGGGAGGAGGGACCAACACUCUGUUUGGCGCCCCGACGGCGGCAACACCUGGCACCCCGUUCUUCCCUGGCGCCCCGGCUUCCACCAACCCGGAAGACCUUUACGCGUCUCAACUGUCCCAACUGGUCGACAUGGGGUUCACUAACCGAGAACAGAACCUCCGCGCAUUGCAAGCCACGUUUGGCAACGUGAACGCAGCCGUAGAUCGCAUCUUGAGCGGGUUGUCGUAGAAAGUCGAGAACGAUUAACGAGACUAGUAUACCGUAUCGCAUUUGUUGGUG